CGAAAAUUGGAUUUAAUCAAAUUAAGGGAGUUGAGUUUGAUUCUUGCUUAACGAGCAGAAAAGGAGAAAUCCCCAUAAAAUGAAUCCGAAAGAAGAUUAAGAGAAGAUUCCCCACAGUAAAAAUCACAAUAAAAAAUCUAAUGAACAAUUGAAAAGAAAAUUGAAGGCUGAAAUUAGUUGAGACGAAGCAUCAGUGGUCUAGUCAAUAAAUUGAAGUGAAGGAGAAGAAUGAGCAGUCUGUUGAUGCGACUUGCCAAAUAAUUUUUGGAAAAUAAACGUAUAGAAUACUUGCUCAUCAAGCAAAAUCAAACAACUCAGAGAAAAUAGCAACCGAAAGGUAGUAGCGGAAUAAAGAAACAAACUCCAUAUUUCAACGAUUGUUCAUCUUAGCUACCCUUCUGAUCUUUCUGGAGAUUGUGAACUUGGGGCUUGGGCAAUGGCCAUGGAGAAUGGCCCAAAUGGGAAGACAGAGUUACAAAAGGCAAGUACUUCAAAAAGCCAGAAGGACACUGGAGAAGGCUCAGGAGCAUGUGUGGAAAAUCUAGGAUCAGAGAAGAGUGGCAAAGGCAAUGAAAAAACCAACAUAGUUCCAUUUCACAAGCUGUUCUCUUUUGCUGAUUCAAUUGAUUACUUCCUAAUGCUUGUUGGCACUAUUGGUGCCAUUGCAAAUGGUUUGUGCAUGCCUCUGAUGACCAUAGUGUUUGGUGAAAUUGUUGAUGCUUUUGGCCAGAGCCAGAAGGACCAGGAGAUUGUUCGUGUGGUUUCCAAGGUGUGUCUGAAAUAUAUCUAUCUGGGAAUUGGGUCUGCUGCAGCAGCAUUUCUUCAGGUAACUUGCUGGAUUGUCACAGGAGAAAGACAAGCUGCUCGGAUAAGGGGCUUGUACUUAAAAACUAUAUUGAGACAAGAUGUUGCUUUCUUUGAUGUGGAAACGAACACGGGAGAGGUUGUAGGGAGGAUGUCUGGUGACACUGUUCUCAUACAAGAUGCAAUGGGUGAGAAGGUUGGAAAAUUCUUACAGCUAACAGCAACCUUCUUUGGUGGCUUUGUAAUUGCAUUUGUCAAGGGAUGGCUUCUUACACUUGUCAUGUUAAGUUCUAUACCUCUACUUGGGGUAGCUGGGGGAGCCGUAGCCCUUGUGAUUUCCAAGAUGUCAUCCCAAGGACAGAAUGCUUAUGCAAAAGCAGCAACAGUAGUUGAACAGACAAUUGGUUCUAUCAGAACUGUUGCAUCUUUCACUGGUGAGGAGCAAGCCAUAAGCAACUACCGCAAGUGUCUUGUUACUGCUUACAAUUCAGGUGUUUAUGAAGGCCUUGCUGCUGGACUUGGUCUUGGUAUCGUUAUGCUAAUUAUUUUCUGCAGUUAUUCUUUGGCUGUGUGGUUUGGUGGGAAAUUGAUUUUGGAGAAAGGAUACACUGGUGGUCAAAUACUUAAUGUUAUUGUUUCUGUCAUAACUGGUUCCAUGUCUCUGGGGCAGGCAUCUCCUUGUAUGAGUGCCUUUGCUGCUGGUCAAGCGGCUGCAUAUAAGAUGUUUGAGACCAUUGGAAGGAAUCCAGCAAUAGAUUCUUAUGACAUGAGGGGAAAGAUAUUGGAGGACAUUCGUGGGAAUGUAGAGUUGAAGGAUGUUUAUUUCAGCUACCCAGCCAGACCUAAUGAGAGAAUAUUUAGUGGAUUCUCUCUAUUCAUUCCAUGUGGCAUGACAACUGCUCUAGUUGGACAAAGUGGAAGUGGGAAAUCCACAGUCAUCAGUCUAAUAGAAAGAUUUUAUGAUCCACAAGCUGGUGAAGUUCUUAUUGAUGGCAUUAACCUCAAGGAGUUUCAGCUAAAAUGGAUCAGGGGAAAGAUUGGUCUGGUCAGCCAGGAACCUGUAUUGUUUACUGGCAGUAUCAAAGAUAACAUUGCAUAUGGAAAGGAAGAUGCAACACUUGAAGAGAUUAGAGCAGCUGCUGAACUUGCAAAUGCCUCCAAAUUCAUAGACAAACUACCUAAGGGACUAGAUACCAUGGUUGGUGAACAUGGUGCACAGCUCUCUGGUGGACAAAAGCAGAGGGUUGCCAUUGCAAGAGCAAUUCUAAAAGACCCUCGGAUUUUACUUUUAGAUGAAGCUACAAGUGCACUUGAUGCAGAAUCUGAAAGGAUAGUGCAAGAGGCAUUAGACAGGAUUAUGGUCAAUCGAACUACAGUCAUUGUUGCCCAUCGCUUGAGCACUGUCAGAAAAGCAGAUACUAUUGCAGUUAUUCAGCGGGGAAAGAUGGUUGAAAAAGGAUCACAUACAGAACUACUCAAAGAUCCUGAUGGAGCUUACUCUCAGCUUAUUCAUUUACAAGAAGUGAAGACAGAGUUAGAAGAGGUGGCAGAUGACCAAAACAGAUCAGAUAUUACUGUGGAAUCAAGUAGACAACAAAGCAUGGGAAUGUCAUUGAAGCGAUCAAUCAGUAGGGGAUCAUCUGGAGUAGGAAACAGCAGUCGUCACUCCUUUUCACCUUCUUUUGGCUUACCAACUGGCAUAAAUGGUAAUGAUACUGAAAUGACAAAUGAACAAGCCCCUUCUGCAUCACCACUAGAGCAUCCUCCUGUCCCAAUUAGCCGCCUUGUUGCUCUCAACAAGCCAGAAAUUCCAGUUCUUCUACUUGGAAGCCUAGCUGCAGUUGCCAAUGGUGCAAUACUUCCCACAUUCGGUAUUCUGAUCUCACAAGUGAUCAAGGCAUUCUAUAAACCAGGUGCUGAACUGAAAAAGGAUACUAGUUUUUGGGCCCUAAUAUUUAUUUCCCUUGGCGUGGCAUCAUUAUUGGCAUAUCCAGCAACAACAUACUUAUUUUCUGUGGCUGGAUCAAAAUUAAUCCAAAGAAUCAGAUCCAUGUGUUUUGAGAAGGUGGUUCACAUGGAGAUUGGUUGGUUUGAUGAACCUACACACUCAAGCGGUUCAAUUGGUGCAAGGCUCUCAGCUGAUGCAGCAACAGUGCGUGCUCUUGUUGGAGAUGCCCUAGCCCAGAUCGUUCAAAACACUGCUUCAGCAGUUGCUGGUUUGGUUAUUGCUUUCACUGCAAGUUGGCAGUUGGCUUUCAUCAUCGUUGUACUACUUCCUUUGAUAGGUAUCAAUGGAUACCUUCAAAUUAAAUUCUUGCAGGGAUUCAGUGCGGAUGCAAAGACAAUGUAUGAGGAAGCAAGCCAAAUUGCUAAUGAUGCAGUUGGGAGUAUAAGAACAGUUGCUUCGUUUUGUGCAGAAGAAAAAGUGAUGCAACUAUAUAGAAAGAAAUGUGAAGGCCCUUUGAAGACAGGGAUAAAGCAGGGGUUAAUCAGUGGGAUAGGAUUUGGACUUUCUUUCUUCUUAAUUUUUUCUGUUUAUGCAACUAGCUUUUAUGCAGGAGCUCAACUGGUUGAGCAUGGACAGGCAACAUUCUCAGAUGUUUUUCAAGUUUUCUUUGCUUUGAGCUUUGCAGCCAUUGCAAUUUCUCAAUCAAGCUCAUUUGCACCUGAUUCUAGCAAAGCCAAGACUGCUGCUGCUUCUAUAUUUUCAAUUGUUGAUAGAAAGUCUAAGAUAGACCCCAGUAAUGAGUCUGGGAUGACAUUAGACAAUUUGAAGGGAGAAAUUGAGCUUCAGCAUGUAAGCUUUAAGUAUCCAUUGAGACCAGAUGUUCAGAUUUUUCGAGAUUUGAACUUGGCUAUUCAUGCUGGCAAGACAGUUGCAUUAGUUGGAGAAAGUGGGAGUGGAAAAUCAACGGUUAUAUCAUUAUUGCAGAGAUUUUAUGACCCUGAUUCAGGUUGUAUUACUCUAGAUGGUGUUGAAAUCCAGAAGCUCCAAUUGAAGUGGUUGAGGCAGCAAAUGGGACUUGUGAGCCAAGAACCAGUAUUGUUUGAUGAUACAAUUCGAGCCAACAUUGCAUAUGGUAAGGAAGGAAAUGCAACCGAGGCAGAAAUUUUGGCUGCAGCAGAGUCAGCUAAUGCCCACCAGUUCAUCAGUGGAUUACAACUGGGUUAUGAUACCAUGGUAGGAGAAAGAGGGGUUCAGUUAUCAGGUGGACAGAAACAACGUGUAGCCAUUGCACGUGCCAUUGUUAAAAAUCCAAAGAUAUUGCUACUAGAUGAGGCUACAAGUGCCUUAGAUGCUGAAUCUGAGCAUGUUGUUCAGGAUGCACUAGACCGAGUCAUGGUUAACCACACCUCAGUUGUAGUUGCUCAUCGGUUGUCCACCAUAAAAAAUGCAGAUGUUAUUGCUGUCGUUAAAAAUGGAGUUAUUGUAGAGAAAGGAAAGCAUGAGACCCUGAUAAACAUCAAAGGUGGUUUCUAUGCCUCCUUAGUAGCACUUCACACCACUGCUUCGGCUGCAUAAUUAUGCUUUGUAAGUAUUUACUGAGGAUCAUUUCCUAUUUGUAAUAGGUUAUGUCCUUUUCCUAUCAUUUUCUAUUUGUAAUAGGUUAUAUCCUUUUCCUAUAUAAAUUGAACAUGCAUGCCUUAGUUGAUUUGAUUCUCCCAUAAAUAAAACGAAUUUGCUUUG